AUGCCCUGGGACGGUCAUGACAUUACUGAAGAGGACCAUGACGUAGCUUCUGAUGAGCCUGACAAACACACGAACGAGCGCGGCUACGCACCAUUGAAAACAUCCUUCGAAAUCAGACUUCUGGCAAUACACCCAGGCAUGGAAGACAGCCCUGUCGAGUGCAGCCUGCACCACCAAAAACUGCGGGGAGGACGCGGCUAUGAAGCUGUCUCAUACGUAUGGGGAGACUCAAACAACAUGCUUGAAAUUGUUUGCAAUGAAACACCGAGAUCAGUGAGAAAGAAUCUUCACGACGCAUUGACCCAGCUUCGAAGACCCGACAAGGAGCGGUUUGUUUGGGUCGACAUGCUCUGCGUUGAUCAGGCCAACAAUGCGGAAAAGACACAGCAAGUCCGGAUCAUGGGAGAAAUCUAUUCCAACGCCCGAGGAGUUCUCAUAUGGCUUGGAAACGAACCCCGCACGGAAAAAAGCCUGAACCUGCUCGUUGAGACUUUCAAGAAUCGAGACAAGGUGCCUGUGAGAGAAGAUCCCGAUUGGGACACGGUUCUCCAUCUGUUUUCCAACCAAUGGUUCCGCAGAGUUUGGUGCAUUCAAGAAGUGGUUUUGGCCAAGAAGCCUGUCGUUCUCAGCGGCAAUUCAUCAGUUGAAUGGGAAACGUUUGUCAACGCUGGACGGUGGGUGAAAAACAAUUCGUUACUUAGGACCACAAGCAGGGAGCAUACGAAGACCCUUGAGCAUCUGGACGUUCUGCAAAAGAUGCGCGACACUCGAAAGAAUACACACUGGUUGGAGAGGCACUCGUUGCUUCAGUUGGUAUUUCUCACCCGAGGCUUCGAGGCUACUGAUCCCCGAGACAAACUGUUUGCUCUCGUCGGGUUAGCCAGCGAUGUCAUGUCCUCAGACUGGGAAGUUACUCCUGAUUACGACCUGUCAUUGACGGAAGUCUACCGGAGAUUUGCACUAUGGCACCUCACUCGAAACCGACAAGUAGAGAUCUUCUCCUUGGGCACCAACAGAGACCUUCCAUCGUCAGAGGAACUCGAGGCUCUGCCCAGUUGGGUGCCAGACCUAAGAAGGCCAGACAUGGCGGCGCCUCUGCCAAAGCUCGACUAUCUUUCGCCCAAUUACAUCGACAUACGAUAUGACAUCUUGAAGGAGUUUCGAGCGCGGGCACACCACUUGAAAAAUGCGAUCCAGGUAUAUCAUGCUGAUCUCAAUUUACCAUGGUGGGGAUUGGGUCGCCGCUCUCGUUUUGAACCACCUCGCAUCGCGUUCACUGAAGGGACGAGUGUGAUCCAUCUUGUCGGGACAGAAAUUGGCACGGUAAAGACUCUUGGAACGACACUGGAUGAUACAAAUCCCGACAUCUCACCUCUCGUCAGUCACGAUCACACGCUGGAUAUGACUCGCAUUGUGCAAACUGGGCGAUGGCUCCGCGAAUCAUGGAGACUCGUCACGAUAGAUAAUAGUGGAAACAACUAUGUGUUGCCAAACAACGUCUUCGAAUCAGCAUGGAGGACAAUGAUUUGCGAUAUGACAAGCGAUGGUCACAAUGUCAAACCUGGAGUCUACAGGGAUGUAUCGCGGGAGAUUUACAAAUCUGUAUGCGCCCAAAUGAUGGAAGAAGAAAGAAAAGAAGCAGAGAGCGUUACAGCUACGAAGGAAUCGGCCAUCUCAGAUAUUGCUGCCAUCGGCAAAUCAUACGACCAGUCGAAGUCCAAAGCAACAGGCAUGCAAGGUAAUGAUGACGAUAAAGCGAUUUUCAACGAAGACGAACUACUCGUGCACCUACCAAUCAGAAAAUGGUAUGAUUCUCGCAGGUUUGGCAUUACUGAAUCCGGUGAUUUUGCCGCCGUUCCCAAGGCAACCCGCACAGGAGACGUCAUCUGUAUUUUCAACGGCGGGAGAGUCCCAUAUGUUCUCCGACCUGGCAAGAGAGGGUACUAUCAGCUCGUGGGCGAGUGCUAUGUGCGCGGGAUGAUGCGCGGAGAAGUCAAGGUCAAGUUUCCGAGCGCAGAGUAUCAGAGAAACUUUGCCAUUCGCUGAGUGUAGAUUGAUAUUUGGAACGUGGCGAGUAGACUGCGUCCUAAUACGUCCUCAUUUAUUGGGGCUUUGGAUGCCAGCUUGACCUCCAUCAAUAACCGUGGAAAUCAGCAGCCACGUCCAUGUUCAAAGAUGCGGCCACGUACUUGAGUAGCGUAGCGAUGGGGGAAAAUGGUUUUGUGGACCGAUAUAUUGUAG